AUGACUCAGGGGCUGUGGGGAAAGACUCAAGCAUUGGGGUGGGGAAAGGAAGAAGCUUUUUGGAAACAAAGGGCGAAGCAGCAUUGGUUGGUUGGGGCUGACCAAAACAUGAAAUUCUUUCACAGGCAUGCAUCCCAUAGAAAGAAGAAUAACACAAUACUUAGACUAAAGGAUGGUACAGGGAAUUGGGUUAAAGGUGCUAGUUUGAACCCCCUUGUUUUGCAGUAUUAUGUGGAUAUUUUCACAUCCUCAGAUAGCAUAGAGGUUUUCCAAGUUGACUCUAUGCAGCCCCGUGUCUCUCAGGAGGGGGAUGUAACAGAUUUUACUUUGAAAUGUUUAAUUGAUGUUUCUUUUCCGGAGGGUCUAAAUGAUGCUAACAUUGUGUUGAUACCUAAGAAGCUUGUGCCGGAAUUAGUCUUUGAUCUUAGACCCAAAGCAUUAUGUAAUGUGAUCUAUAAGAUUAUUGUUAAGAUGAGUGCUUUCCUUCAUGGAAAACUGAUCACGGACGACAUCUUGAUUACCUCGAAGAUAGGGCAUUUUCUUAGAAGGAAGCAGAUUGGUAAUGUUGGUUGGGCUGCUCUCAAGCAAGACAUAGGCAAAGCGUAUGAUCGGAUAAAUGGAAUGGGGUUUUCUGAGAAGUAUGCUGCUUAA